ACGAUCAGUGAUUCUGUGUUAUGAUUGAGAUUUGUUUCAUUUGUACCGUAAAUAGUUUUGCCUGAUAAUACACACCCGAUCCCUCGAACUUUAUUUCCCUUUUUUACCUGUUUCUGAAAGAUUUGUGCAUUACCCAACAAUUAAAAAUGGUUAUCAAAGCUGUUGCCAUUCUUUGCGGCGAUUCUCCGGUGAAGGGUGUCGUACAGUUCGAGCAGGCUGGUCCCGGUGCACCUGUGAAAAUCAGCGGAGAACUGAAAGGAUUGGCCCCCGGAGAGCAUGGUUUCCAUGUUCAUGAAUUCGGUGAUUUGACCAACGGAUGCACCAGUGCGGGCGCGCAUUUCAAUCCAUAUGGCAAGAACCAUGGUGGUCCUAAGGAUACUGAGCGUCAUGUUGGAGAUUUGGGCAAUGUCACUGCUGGCUCGGAUGGUAGCGUGAAAUUGAGCAUUGAGGAUGCGCAAAUUUCUCUGGAAGGACAGAAUAGUAUCGUUGGCCGCGCCAUGGUCGUCCAUGAAAAGAAGGAUGAUCUGGGCAAAGGAGGUGAUGAUGAGAGCAAGAAGACCGGUAACGCUGGACCCCGUCUGGCCUGUGGAGUCAUUGGUGUCACAAAGUAGAAUAUUUGCGAAAAUCAAUUCAGCCCUGCGAGGUUUUUUCAUUGAUUAUGGUUCAGAGUUCAAACUGUAACACAUUCUUCUACCUUUCUAAUGUGUUUUAAUGCAUGAUUUUAUAGAGAGUUCUCAUAGCGGUGGUGGUGGUGGUUGCGAAUUUCUUACCGGCUAAAAUGACAGUUAACCUGAUUGUUUUACAUUUGCGAUUGGUUGUAAUAGCGAGUUUCGCUUUCCCGGGUUGAAUUAGUAAAAGGUUCAUUCCAGUGA